AUGGUGUCCACAAGACUGUAUCUGCCCGUUCUGCUUUUCGUUGGUGCGAUUGCACAUAGUUCGAUAGCUUGUAAAGAUGGUUACUCCAUCAAGGUUAAUAAAAUCGAAAACUGUGCCGGACCGGAUGGCAUCAUAACGCUCUCGGACGAUGCCGGUCUCACCAUGCAGGACGAUUGUUCGCUCGUGCUAGCGGGAUGCGUAAAGGUGAAAGAUUUCAGCACCGCGACCGGUACCGUCAGUGUGUUGAAGAAUGGGAAGCCAAUGUUCCAGAAACCGUUCGACCUAUGCAAAGCAGGAUCUAAGCUACCGUUCAUCAAGGAUUUUUUGCCCGGUGGCGUUUGUCCUCAGAGUGAGAGCGAAAUUUGUGCCGAUUCGAAUAGAACGAUCCCGAUGGACCGCUUCAAGAAGAUGAUGGGCAUUAUUAAAGGUUCCAUGGCGGUCGAAAUUAACCUUGAACACGAUACGGGUAAAAGUUGCAUCAAAAUUGACGCAGAAAUUUCCAAAUAA